CCAUCCUCUUUUUUAUUCUCGUUUUCCUUACCUUUUUCGACCCCUUUACACGAUGUUCGCGAUGCUUCGUGGUGCCAGGCCGUUGGCUAGAGCCGUAUCUGCAGGACAGAGGCGGCAUCUGUCGAUACACGAGUACCAGUCCAUGAAACUGUUGAACUCAUACGGCAUUCCUACGCCCAAGAGCGUUGCUGCACACACCCCUGAAGAGGCUUACCAGGUUGCAAAGAACUUUGGAACGGAUAAACUAGUUAUCAAGGCCCAGGUUCUGGCCGGUGGUCGAGGAAAGGGUCACUUCGACACCGGUUUGCAAGGAGGUGUUCAUAUGGUCGACAGCGCCGAGCAAGCAAAGGACUUUGCCAGCAAGAUGAUUGGCUCUAAACUUAUCACCAAGCAAACCGGCGCUGGUGGACGAAUCUGCAACGCUGUCAUGCUCGCAGAGCGCCGUCAACCCGAACACGAAUACUACGUCGCCGUUUUGAACGACCGCACAACACAAGGCGUCGUCCUCGUUGCUUCAGCCCAGGGUGGUAUGAACAUUGAAGAGGUCGCCGCCAAGGACCCGAGUGCAAUCAUCACCACUCCAAUUGACUUUGAAAAGGGUCUCUCAAAACCUGAAGCCAUUGCAAUUGCCCAAAAACUCGGCUUCAAGGACGAGCAGACUCAAUCCGAGGCCGCUGACAUCUUCAUCAACCUCUACCGCAUCUUCAAAGAGAAGGAUGCCACUCAAAUCGAAAUUAACCCUAUGGCUUUGACCAAGGACGGUGCUGUUCUCUGCAUGGACGCCAAGUUCGGCUUCGACGAUAACGCAGAGUUCCGACAACAAGAGGUUUUCUCUCUCCGAGAUAUCUCCCAAGAGGAGCCUUCAGAGGUUGAAGCACAGAAGGCCAACCUCAACUUCAUCAAGCUCGAUGGAAGCAUUGGGUGCUUGGUGAACGGUGCUGGUUUGGCUAUGGCCACCAUGGACGUUUUGGCGCUCCAUGGAGGGAAUCCCGCCAACUUCUUGGACGUUGGAGGAGGAGCAACCCCCGAAACCGUCAAGAAGGCUUUCGAAAUCCUUUUGGCUGAUCCCAAAGUCAAGAGCAUCUUCAUUAACAUCUUCGGUGGUAUCAUGCGAUGCGACUACAUCGCUGAGGGUGUCAUCAAAGCCACGAAGGAGCUCGGCCUCAACAUUCCCCUCGUUGUCCGGUUGAAGGGAACCAAGGAGGCAGAAGCCAAGCAGAUGAUCAAGGAUUCGGGUCUGACGAUCAUUCCCUUCGACAGCUUGGACGAAGCUGCGGAGAAGGCCGUCCAGCUCGCUCUUUAG